GGCAAAGAUCGUGCGAUCGAGGUAGAGCGCUAUAUACGCAGCAGCCACUCGCCACCCCCGCGCUAUGUGCCUCCUCCAAGCAACGCGCGAAGGGAAGGUGACUGGGACUGCCCCUCAUGCGGCUUCCACAACUUUGCAAACAAGGAGGAAUGUAUGAAGUGUGGCUUGAGGAAAGCAUCUGUGGAACGGGUGCGAAAAGAAAAGGCAGAGGCCGCAGAGGAGGACAAGAAGAAGGCCUCAAAUGGCAAGGAUGACAAAGCAGACAAGGACGACAAGAAAGAUCGCAGCCGAGAGCGCCGAACCCGCCGGAGCCGAGAUCGUCGGAGCCGCGAUCGGCGGCGAGGUGACAAAGAGCGCAGCCAGGAGAAAGACCGCGGUGACCGUCGGAACAAGGAACGAAGUCGCGACCGCCGGCGGAGGAGCCGGUCAGAGCGAGGUCGGGAUCGUGACCGCCGACGCAGAGACCGCAGCGGUAGCUAG